GGAGUUACGUCACUAAUUACGCGACACGUUCUGUCCUCUCAGCAGCGGGAAAAUGUUUCUGGACUUCUCCCACUAUGAGCGGCUCUAACCGGGUCGUUGCCGUGAUACCGGCAGCUGCCGGCUGGGAAUUCUGCAGCAAUGACAAAGAGACGGAGCUGGAAAACAGGUCAAGCGGCAAAGAAGCUCCCAACAACCGCGUCAGAGAGGUCCGGGUCACCGGCACCGCGGAGGUCUCCUCCCCGGCGGACCGGGCGUCUGUGCGGGUCAACGUGAGCAACAGCAAAGAGUCCGUCAACGAGGUGACCAACAGCGUCUCCCGGCGACUCGAAUACAUUUUACAGGCUCUCAGACAGCACGGCAUCCGCGAUGAAGACACCUCAGUGAGGAGGUUCCUGCAGCGAGAUGCUGACGUGUAUCGGAUGGACGCAGAGAUCUUAGCUACUUUCUCUGAUUUCGAGAAGAUGGAACAGAUUCGCAGCAUCCUCCUGGAGAAGCUGGACCGGAGCGUUUUCGUGGGAACGCCUCAGUUCUUCCACAGUCCCGAGAGUCUGAGCGGAACCAGGCGGCGUGCGUGCGUGCUGGCCGUAAACGCUCAGCAGAAGGCCAGAGAAGUGGGUCAGCUGCUGGGGCAGAGUCUGGGACCCCCCCUGCUGGUGAAAGAGGAGGAGGCCAAGGAGUGGAGGAGCGAGGAAGAGGAGGGUGGAGGCGGCGAUCAGAGUCCGGCGCCUCUUCCUCGUUUGCCCCACAUCCCGACGGUCACGGCUCGCUCCACGGUGUCCGCCUCCUUCAGCUUCAGGGACAAAAGCAGGAAGAAACUCUGAGCAGAACUUUGGAAAACACUUUAUUGCUUCGUCAUAAUAGUGCAAAUGUUCAGUGUUGCUUUUAAACCAACACUGUUUUCAAGAUACAUUUUCUAAAAAAAAAUGUCUUUUAUCGUUUUUUAUUGAAACACUGAUAAAUGAAGGUGCAAUAUUUCCUCCAUUACUGGCUUUUAAGGCUAAAUUAAAAAGAUUUUUUUCCCUGAACUAUAAAACUUUGGCGUUUGAGAUGAAUAAAUCCUGGAAAAAGCA